GUGCAAUAUCCUCCAGAGGGAUACGGAUUUUAUCAGCAAUAGGUUCUCAAUUGCUCGUGGCACACCCUGUCCGCCAUUUUAACCGGUCGGUGAAAGUUAAAAUUGACAUUUGAAGGAAUAUUUUGUGAUAUUUGGACAUAACCUGUGUGUAUCCCUUAGAGGACUUUUAUCUUCAAGCAGCUGCACAAACAAAAGGCAAUCAUGCCAAAGCCGGUGAAUGUACGCGUCACAACGAUGGACGCAGAGUUGGAGUUUGCCAUCCAGCCCAACACAACAGGCAAACAGCUCUUCGACCAGGUUGUGAAAACUAUUGGGUUGAGGGAAAUCUGGUUUUUCGGUUUACAAUAUGUAGACACAAAAGGCUACUCAACGUGGCUCAAGCUGAACAAGAAGGUGAUGAGCCAAGAUGUGAAGAAGGAGUCGCCACUACAGUUCAAAUUCCGUGCCAAAUUCUUCCCAGAAGAUGUCUCAGAAGAGCUUAUUCAGGAAAUCACACAGAAAAUGUUCUACCUGCAAGUUAAGGAUGCAAUUCUUAAUGAUGAGAUUUACUGUCCGCCGGAGACAUCUGUUCUGCUCGCCUCGUACGCUUGCCAGGCAAAGUUCGGCGAUUACAACACCGACGUUCAUGAAGCCGGAUUCCUCACUAAUGAGAGAAUUCUUCCAGAAAGAGUGUUUUCCCAGCACAAGUUGACCCGGGACCAGUGGGAAGAGAGAAUCAAGAACUGGUAUGCCGAGCACACCAGCAUGCUCAGAGAGGAUGCGAUGAUGGAGUACCUGAAGAUUGCCCAGGACUUGGAGAUGUAUGGCGUGAACUACUUUGAAAUCAAGAACAAAAAGGGAACAGAUCUGUUGCUCGGCGUAGACGCACUUGGUCUCAAUGUUUACGAGUUUUCAGACAGACUAACGCCCAAAGUUGGAUUUCCGUGGAGUGAAAUUAGAAAUAUAUCAUUUAGUGACAAAAAGUUUAUCCUAAAGCCCAUUGAUAGAAGGGCGCCAGACUUUGUGUUUUAUGCUCCACGGUUACGAAUUAACAAGCGUAUAUUGGCGUUAUGUAUGGGCAACCAUGAAUUGUACAUGCGCAGACGUAAACCAGACACCAUAGAGGUUCAGCAGAUGAAGGCACAGGCCCGGGAGGACAAGAUGGCGAAACAGACAGAGAAAGCCCGCCUGGACAUUGAGAGACAGAAGCGUGACGAUGCCGAGAACAAACGCAAGGAGCUCGAGGAGAUGCUGAAGAAAUACCAGGAGGAGAGUGAACGCAAUAGGAAAGCCCUGGAGGAUUCCAACAGCCGUAUCGGACAGCUGGAGAAGGUUGUAGAUGAUUACAACAAGGCCCAGGAGGACAUUGCCGAACAGAGACGCAAGGCUGAGGAGUUGGAGGCUCGCCUACAGGAAGCUGAACACAUGCAUGUCGAGGAGAAGUUGAGACUCGAGGCUGAGUACUUGGCAGCAAAGGAAGAGAUCGAGAAGAGUGAGAGCCAGCUAGCGGAGCGUGACAACAUGAUGUCUGACAUGCAGGUGCAACUUGCAGAGGCCCGGGAUAAGGCACAGCAAGACCAAGAGGCUCUGCUGAAGGCCAUGGAGGAGAUGCACGUGAAGGAGAGCAAGGAAGAGGAUGAAGAGGAACAUGGAGAUGCAGAGAUGCAGGAGUAUGAUGACAUGGAGAACAUGCCACGACCGGAGGAGGAUCGGGAGAUUGAGAUUGAGAAGAACAAGCGACUCCAGCAACAGCUUAAGGAGCUUGAGGCUGAACUGAUCGAGAAGAAAGACGACACCAAACAGACACGUAACGAUGCGCUACACGCGGAGAACGUGAAACAGGGGCGUGACAAGUACAAGACUCUGAAACAGAUCCGAGCCGGAAACACGAAAAAGAGAGUGGACGAGUUUGAAUCUAUGUAGUGUUGCUGGAGACUAGAUUAUAGACUAGUUUAUAAAUAUCUGCAUGUAGCAAGACUUCCCAUUACAGACUGGUUUAUCUGAAAUAUGAAUAUCUGCAUAUAGUGAAGACACUCCAUACAACAUUAUCACAAACAUUUCUAUGCGACUUCUUGGCAAGCUGAUAUUUUUACACUACAGUUAUAGGUUAUAUCAUUUUGAUCAUGAGCAAACUGUGCUCCGGUUUAUUCAGUUUCAUCAUUCUGUUAUUACCUAUCUCUUAGAUGCACUUUGACUCUAACAAUUAAAUACAAGUUAUGACUGUGAACUCAAGCUUUUACUGUUCUAAAGCAAGGCUUCAUACCCACAUGUUCAGGUCUAUUUAUAAAGUCUGCUUGGGAUACACAUGUUAAACUCUUCAAGCAGAGUCCUAAAAUUGCCUUCUCUUUAUAUAAAGUAACAUGUUUCCAACUGUAUUUAUAGGUGAUACCGAUAGAUGGAUUAUAUUCACUUGUAUUCCAUGAUUUGAUUGCUUGUCAUAAUAAUACCACAUUCUGUGAUUACAAAAGCCUGGUGUAUUGUGAUAAGAAGCUGAUAUUACCUUAUUUAGAAAAGAAGAUAUUUUUAUCGAAAGUGCCAGUUUUUAAUUUUAUAUGCAAUUGCAAAAUAGGUUUAUGUAUGCUUUUUUUGCGACGGUUAACAAACCAUAUUUCUGUACUUUCUGUUUGAAACCCCAACAAAAACAACACCAACUGGGCUACUAUGUAUGAAUAAUAAUCAGUUAAAUUUGGGUUUUGUUAUUGGCUAGAUAUAAUCUGGUGUUUUAUGCUUGUGUGUGUUUGCCUCUAAGAACAAAGUUGUGAUAUAGCCUUUAUAUUAUAAUCCACUUUAGGAAUUUAUAUAUUCGCUUAAUUCAUUUUUCUUCUUCCGGUUUAUUUAGAUUGUUAGUUAAUAUACCAGUUUUGUUAAUUGAAUCCUUGUUUCAUGAUUGUGGACUAUGUUGUAUUUAUUUACCCAAGAGAAGAUAGUGCUUGAAUGUGUGAAAUAGAGGUAAUAUGGUGGUUAAACUAUGUUGCAAGAAACCUACGGGACCAAAAUGCAACCUUUUUGUUCUCUAAAAAAGCAAACAGUGGUAUGAUCAAGUACCCACAAAUAAUGAAAGAAAAAAGUACACUCACAUGCGAGUUAUACGAAUGUCAAAGAGUCUCGCAAAUGUUAUCAUAACAGUUGGCGUCUAUUUAUGUCUUGGUGCAGGUUAGUAUCAUACAAUGCAUAUUCAUUUUUGCUUUGUCAUUUUUUGUUGCGAUUUUCCAUAUUCAAUUCUUCCAAAGUGUGAAUAGAGACUUUUAUUCAAUCUGAAAUAAAGUACUGCACUUUAACAUUUUGAAAACAAUGUUUAGGAUUAUAGUAAAGGUGCUUGAUAAUAAUUUAGGUUUAUCAUUGUAAAAUAUCCCCUUAAGGUAAAAUUAAUAGUAAAGGUUUUCUUUUUUAUUGAGAUGAUUGUGUUCAAUCAAUUAUCAUUGUACAGUAUCCCCCUAUCAUUCUAAUGUGAUCAAAUUCAUUUUUGCCAGAAAAAUGUUGUAUAUUGCCACAUAUGUAUUUGCUAGAUAGAUUUGUAUAAAUAAUGAUCAUGCAAUGUUUAUGAUGCAUUGGUGUGUGUAUGUAAGUGUGAUGGUUGUUUAAGGUAUAUUAUCUGAAAGCGAUGAAGCUGUGUAUUAAUUUUGUUAGUGGUACAGAAUCUGGAGAUAUUUAUUCUGCUGCUAAAUAGCAUGCAGAACUGAUGAAGUGAACUGAAUACCAUGAACUAAAUACCGCUGUGCUGUGAUUGGUUGUUUGGCUGUAGAUGGAAGAUUUGUGCUAUAAGGAAGUAUCUCCAGGUUUUCUGUGUUAUAUUUAGUUUUUUUAGUUAAUUAACUUAGGUUAUAUAUUAUAUGGAUAAUUUUUCGUGAUGUGUUUUGUUUUUUGUUAAGUGGAGUCCAUCCAGUGCUGUGGGGGGCAGUAACUCCUUUAAGUGCUCGCUUGGCGGCCUAGAGGAUGUGGCCAUAGUAGUCGGACCUCAUAAUGAAAGUUUAAGGAUUUUGUUUUGAGCUGUUUUAUCUAUAAAUGUGCAUAAAAAAGGAAUGUGAAUCCCCCUUAAUAAGUGGGUUUGCAACUCAGCAUGGGCCCCUCAAGCUGUCGAGCUGGCUUCCCUCUGAGUUUGGCCUUCACAAACACUGGAGAGACACCACGCUAUGCAACAUUUAAACAGAGAUGUACUUACUACUGGUAUAUUGACUUUAAUAAAUCUGAUUGUCAUGGUGAAAUGUUUGUGCUUUUUGAUAAUUACACACCUCUAUGUAUUUUUGUUCAUGUAAGCAGUGGGUAACCUUAUUAAAUGUAUAAAAACUCUCUUACUCAAACACUACUUGAUUACAUUACACCAACGAUGAGUUUUAGUUAUUAAUGCACUGUUUUUAGUAGCAAGUUUUUAUUUUUGAAAGAAAAUUGAAAAAAAUGCCAAUAACCAGCUGACUAAAGCACUGUAUCUCGGCUCGGAUUGGCUUUGCUGGUUUGCCUGUUUUUGACCACACCUCUGAACUGUAAAUACACCUUCUGGCAGAGCUUUUCAGUCGGAAAAGGACAACGAUUGUUGUUGCACUAUUUUCAGCAAAUUGAUUUGACAGUAAGACACGUGUAUUCUUUCUCUAUUGAAAGUAAACUAAUAAAAAUAAACCAUUGAAACGUUU